AUGACUCUUGAAAUAGAUGGAGAGACCACAUUUGCCUAUCAUGGCCUGAAAACAACCCAAACCACUCACUUGGAGACUGUCAAAUCACUCAUACAAGAAUUUCUCGAAGACAUCCAGUUCGACCGCAACCUGCCCUUUAUCAAAGACCAUGAACUAGAGGCAGCAGUUUGGACGUACUUUAAGAGCCUCAACAUGGGCCAGAAGUUAGAGAGCUCCGUGCACGAUGUCUUGAAGCUUUCCGCAACCCUAACACACCAGGCAUACACGCAGCUGCCAUUUGAAAACAAGGUUCUAUGCACUAUACAAAAUCUGUAUAUGUUCCUCAUAGAUGACAUUGCCGACGAUUUCAUGGAGGAGCUUCGCUGCUUCGGGCAGAACUUCAUUCUCAACAUCCACCACAACCACCCCCUCCUCCGCGGCUAUGACACCCACCUCCGCUACCUCUCCCGCUACUACGGCCCCCAGCGCCACUCAACUAUCGUAAAGUCCAACCUCGACUACGUCAACGGCCGCAUCAUCGAGCACGAGAUGGACACCGCGCGAUUCAAGUUUCCGCCUGGCUCAAAGCUCAUGCCCAUGUUUCUACGCACCAAGGUCGGCGCCUCCGAGACCAUGGUGUCCAUGCUGUUUCCCAAAGCAGCCUACCCGGAGGAAGAGAACCUCAUGCGGUAUUUGCCCGCCGUGGCCGAGCUGAUGAUGUUUACCGACAUGACGAAUGAUAUCCUGUCUUAUUACAAGGAGUUUGUGCUCCGCGAUGAAAAGACAAAUUUUGUGGCAAAUUUCGCCGAGACGCACGAUAUGUCGCACCUUGAUGUGUUGCGGCAUUUGGUGAGCUAUGCUCCUCAGCUCGUCAAGUCCGUGUUUCGCAUGCUUCAUGGCCAGCAGGACCUGCUGGAUACUGUGCAGAAUUAUUUCAAUGGCUAUAUCAUGAUGUUCACGGCCCACCGGCGGUAUCAUUUGGUAGAAUUGUUUGAGGACGAGGGUUACCUGAUGCCUUAUGACGAGGAUUCAUAA